AUGCUGAAACAUAAGGCUCGGAGGUGGAAGGAGAAAAUAAUCGAAAAGCUUCCACUGUUUUUGACGUCCUACUUUGAAGACUUAAAGGGUACUAGUAUCCAGGCUGGGCAGAGAUCUGGUGUUAUCAACACCGGCCCCCUUACGGUCAGCAACACCGGCGCUCUUGUUGCCAACGACACUGGCUCUCUUGCUGUCAGCAACGCCAACCCUCCCACUUUAAACAACACUGGUUCUGCUGCUGUCAACAACACUAAUCCCCCUACUGUCAAUAACACUGGCUCCCCUGGUAUUACACCCGGCGUGCAGAACACUUUCCAGCCUGGUAGCAUCCAGAACACUGGUCCUGGGACCGUUUUUGGUUCCGUUCAAACGCAGACGAUCAAUGUCUACCAAGCAGCUAACGAAUCCACCAGGCUGUCAAAGAAGCCAAUGACUCUAUUCUGCCCCGGCAUCCCUGGUGCUGGGAAGACUAUGCUUGUAUCCAUCGUCAUCGAUUAUCUCCAAAGGAACUUGGCAGGCUGUGACGUUGGCAUCGCAUACCUAUACUGUAACUUUCGGCGCAUCGAGGACCAAACGGUGGAGCAGCUCAUUGCCAAUCUCGUAAAGCAACUACUCAGGAACAAAUUUCCACCGCCAACCGCAGUCAUGGAUGCCUAUACUCGACACGAGAAGCAUAGAUCACAGCCAUUGUUGAGCGAUCUUGAGGAGAUGUUCCAUAAUGUUACCACCUUGUACAAGGGCGGAGUUUUCGUUAUUGUUGAUGCGCUGGACGAGUGCCAGAUGAGCGACAAUGUUCGUUCCAAGUUCAUUGAAGCCUUACAGCGCCUUCACUCCAGAGAAACUAAUGUCAACCUCCUGGCCACAUCUCGCCCUCUACCUGAUAUUGUGGAAGCCUUUGAUGGGCACUCCUGCCUUGAGAUCGUGGCCCAAAAGGACGAUAUCGAGAGAUACAUGCGUAAUCAGAUGCCCAAUUUGCGCGCUGUCUCAAAAUACCCGGACUUCCAAAAUGAGAUCAUUAGUUGUAUUGUCAGUGUCGCAGAUGGCAUGUUUCUACUUGCCUACCUCUUCUUCGAGUCCUUGAAGAAUAAAGUUAGCGCAAAGCGCAUCCGUGAAACACUUGACACGCUUCGCACCAACUCUCAAAAAAAGGAUCCAAAGCUGGCCCUACUACACCAGGCAUAUAACGACGCAAUGGAGCGAGUCAAUGGGCAGCCAGAUGAUCACAAGAAACUCGCCCACCAUGUGUUAUCCUGGAUCAUCUGCGCCAAACGUCCUCUCAAAACGAUAGAGGUUCAGUAUGCAUGGGCUGUCAAGGAUAGUGAGAACGAGAUUGAUGAAACUGCGAUCCCUGAUGCUGGAGACAUGCUUUCGGCAUGUUGUGGGCUCGUUGUGAUCGACAAAGAAAGCGAAAUCAUUCGACUCGUCCACUAUACAGUUCAGGAAUAUUUCCAGGAUACUUCGACUCAGUGGUUUCCAAACGCCCACCUCGAUAUCGCAGAUACCUGCGUGUCAUACCUUUCGUUCAAAGACUUUUCGGGUGGUCCUGUCAGGACGAUUGAGGACGCAGAUGAACGACUUGGAAAACCUCUCUUUACCUAUGCUGUUGACUACUGGGGACAGCAUGCAUCUGCGUAAAGUAUCCUUGGGUUUCGUCACAUGGUUUGA